CAGGCCAGCGCUGGGACCUGUCACCGCAGGGAGGACUCCUCCAAAGAUCGUCUGGUGGAAGCGGGCAGCGUUGGUGACGGAUCCAGCGGCAUCAAGGUCCCAGAGCCGGUGGAAACCUGCGGCUUCUGCUUCCCUGGACACGGCUCUGCUGUACAAGAGACCAAAUCAUGCCACAGCAGCUCCUACCACCCAGGGGAAAGAGCUGCGCCAUCUCACACGGGGAUAUGCACCACGGGGAGCGCCGGGGCCAUUCCCAGCCCCGACGAUGGCCACUUCAAAAUCAUAUGUUCUCCUUCACAAGAGAAGACGCCCAUGGCGUGA